UGUUCACUUCAUUUUCUCUCACUCUCUUUCACCUUAACUUCUCAACUCUCUCCCCCUUGACACUUACAAAUUUUCAUUCUUGAUAAAUUCUUGAGCUUUUUAUGUUAUAAACCAAAAGAAUGUCAAAAUUUUCGAAUUCUGGGAACGUAAUACUGACUCUUAAGGUGGGUUUGAUAUCAACUUGUGUGUUGUCGAUUGGUAUCCUUUUGAAAAACUCAGCUCCAUUUAUAUCAGACUUUGUAUCAUCAGAUGUUCCUGGUUUUUGGAACGUUAUGUUACAGUGGUUAAAGCCUCCGUAUCUUUAUCUAGUAAUCAACUGUAUCAUAAUCUCCAUAGUCGCCUCCUCCAAGCUUCAACAACACAGCCACGAAAGUCACGAUACUCUUUCAACUGUUUCGGCCCAAGUUUUGGUGGGUACUCAAGAGAAAGUAGUAUCAGGUGAUCAUGUACGAAACGAGUAUGUUCUUGGCUAUGGUUAUAUCAAUCCAACGGUGGAAAAGGAGGAGGAGAAGAAGAUGAUGAGUGAUGAGAUGCCAGUGAUGAUGGAUGGUGGAGAUGAAGUGGUUGCUGUGAGGCCGCCAGAGAGGAGUGAGUCUAUGGAAUUGUUGGAUUUGUACGAGAAAGAUAAAGAGAAAGGGAAAGAAAAGCCGACGGUUUCAAAAAGGUUUAGCCAUAAGAAAGCUGUGAAAGCAAAUCCUGAAGGUGGGAAGGCGAUAUUGAAAGUGUCGAAGGCGAAACGGCAGGACACGCUGGAGAGCACGUGGAAGACGAUAACGGAGGGGCGAGCAAUGCCGUUAACCAGACACCUGAAGAAGUCGGACACGUGGGACACGCAGUUGCGCCGCCAGAAGACGCCUCCACCUCCGCCUGAAAUGAAGAAAGCGGAGACCUUCAGUGACCGUACGACAACGGCGGAAAACAGCAGCGAUAAUCCGGCCAGGGUGAAAAGAGAACCGUCGCUGAGUCAGGACGAGUUGAACCGCCGUGUCGAGGCGUUCAUUAAGAAGUUUAACGAGGAAAUGAGGUUGCAGAGACAAAGAUCGGUGGAACAAUAUAAUGAGAUGAUAAGACGUGGAGCUGUUUAGAAAGAAUUACGAUUUUGUCCAUGACCUUGAGAACUAAUCAUCAUUGACGGGGGAUUGACGAUCGUGAUCAGCUACAAAAUCAGGAUCAAUACAGUUUGAGGAAAAUCCUGUGAUACGAAAUGAUGAUAUGGAUAUCGAUAUGUUUGAUCUUUCGACAAGUUUACUUAUCGAGCCAUUGAUGAAUAUUGAAUAGCAACUAGUUUAAUUUUCCUUUGUUAAAUUUCACUGUAAAAAAAGCCUAAUGUUAAUUAUGUUAUCAUCGAAAUUUUCUUUCUUGUCGCUGCUUGUAAAAUAAAGGAUUACUAAGAAUUCUCAUUCUCAUGAGAAAAUGUUUUGUGUAUUUCUAGCAUUCCUAUUUAUCAAACAUUAUUAUAUGGAUUUUAA